CCCCUAGUCCACGUGCAGGGCCACCUGCGGCCUUCGCCGGACAGGUUUUCUUCGUCGGGAGAAAUGCCGGGGGAUGGCGCGGCCUCCUCGACAACAACAACGGAGGAGAACAUCGACGAUACCGCAGGGCCUGUCAGUUACGCCUCCCUCGUCCGGAAGCACACGCCCGGUCGUAUCAGAUCACUGCCAGGGGAAACAACUCUGCAACCAGCCGACGCUGCUGCAAUGGCGCCUGAAGCGGGGGAUGUCACGGCAUCCUGAUUGCGUCGCUGAACCGACAUCGCGAGACGCCGAAAAGAAUGGCGAGCUUAUUCAAGGCCACGUGAUGUGCAAGGUUACGCCAUCCUCUGAACCACCCGGUUCUCGCUCCUGAAACCAUGAAGGGCGUCCUCACUCUGAUUGCGCUAGCAGCUCUGCUCGGGACCUGCUGUUGCUUCCAAAGUGAGUGCAACGCAACGCUACCAUGGAACGUUUCGAAAGAAGACCACCCGGCCAUACCGCCAGAGCGCCUAGAGGAGCUUCUUCGAUGCCCUGAAGAGCUCCACGGUUGCAGUGCCUUACGCGUCAAUUGUACGGAAGAUCUCUUCGCUGUCACAUGUUCCUGUGCCGAGAACUGCGAACGCUACGGUGACUGUUGCUGGGACGCCGGAGCUAGUCUUUCGUCGCAAACGGCAUCCACGUGCAUUGGCAGAAACGUUGAAAAGUAUUCUCGGAGAGAGUUUUACGUCGUGUCCGGGUGCGACCUCAACUGGCCAGACGACGAAGUGCGCAACUCCUGCGAAAACGCUAAAGAGCUUAAAGAUCCUUUUUACCUAAUUCCCGUCUCCACAGAACGAUUGACCUACUUCAACGCGUUUUGUGCACUCUGCAACUAUGACCUGGACAACACUUCCAUGUUCUGGAACGCCUCGGGAAGCGCUGGAAGAGAUUUCCAAGUUGCCCCUCCUCGGUAUGCGUUAGAAAAUAGUGACCUUUUCUUCUGGCCCUGCGAUGACGGGCUCGUUGAGAUCAACACCUGUCCAGAAGGCACGGACCCGGAAAUUAAGCGUAAAUGUUUAACUUAUUUCGCUCCGGUACGAUACGAAACCAAUGAAACCGAAGUGGUGUACAAGAACGUGUACUGCGGACUAUGCAACGACGCCGAUCUUUCGUCGAUGAAAUGCUUGCCGAAACAAGUCGUUCGUGAACUUUGGCCCCGCAUACAAUUAAGGACGCGGUUCCGACCUAAUUUGUUGUCACUAAUAAGACCAGUUGUGAGCCAGGAUUCUUGUUUCUCGUGGCACGAAGGAAAGUGCUACAUCAGGGCUCCCCAGUACCACUAUGCAAACACUUCGAUGCCAAUGGCAGAAAACGAAACUAUAGGCGCCAAUAUUACGAAUAUCACGAGCCCUGUGCACGAGCCUUACAACGUGCAAAAUUAUCUCACAAUCAUCUGUAUCAGCCUGUCACUUGUAUGCCUGUUCUUGAAAGGCGUCGUGUACGUGCUCCACAGAACUUCGCGGACCUUCUCUUCGAGGUGUACGUUAUGCCUCUCGGCUACGCUGUUCUGCAGUCAUUUGCUUUUUCUCCUGGGAAACAGCUUCGACGUGUCCAAGCCAGUGUGCGUGGUUUUCGCUGCUGUCCUGCACUACGGUUUCCUCUCCACCUUCUUUUGGACGAGCGUGCUCUCUUUCGACAUCUGGAAGAACGUUGCGGCCGUCCGGCUCUCAUCGAGCAGGCACGGCGGAUUCUUGCUCUACGCUCUCGUCGCUUGGGGCGGACCAGUCAUCGUCGUCGCGUUGUGCCUGGUGCUGAACUGGACGGCACCGAACUUCGUGCUCUCGCCUCAGUACGGGCGCUUCGCCUGUUGGAUAGGCAGCCUUUGGAGCCAACUCGCCUUCUUCCUCAUGCCCAUGGUGAUCUUGCUCAUUCUAGACAUCGGCCUCUACAUCCACAUCGUCGUGAAGAUAAGAGACACCGCCAAACGCGCAGCUGCCUUUGACUUCAAAGGCGGGGGCAACAAGUCUCACAUGGCGCUGUUUGUGAAGCUCGCAUUCAUCAUGGGCACCACGUGGCUUCUGGGCUUCGUCGGUGCUUUCGUCAACGUGCUUGCCCUAGACAUCAUCGUAAUCGUUUUGAUCGGCCUUCAGGGAGUGUACCUGUUCUUCGGCUUCAAGGACUACGAACAUCUGCUUCCGAGGAGGUUCAGGAGAAAACGAAGAGCCGCUGCUACAGGCGUAUCCACUGCACAUACCGAGCUAUCUUCGUCGGGAAAAGACGUCAGCUCGAGAGAGGACAUCAGUCGGUCUCCGGCUGCCAGGUCAUCCGAAAAGCUGAACUAAGAGUGCGUGUGUGCAGUGCCUUUCUUUACUUUUACCGACUACAUCGCACCUCAUACAUACCGUGAAUUAGCAUUUGAGUAUUAAUGUGAGUAUUAAAUUGAGUAUUAUUUGAGUAGUAAAUAGUAUUUGAGAAUUAGUAUUAGUAUUUGAGAAAAAAGACGCAGCUGUAUACGGAACUUUGACGACAACUGUGUAAUAUGGUAUGAUAUGUGCGCGCACUUAAUACAUUCAGGAGCCAGAUAUAUUUGUUUAUGAACCGUAAUAAUUGUGUUGGCCAAAAUCAGGCUAAACGAGGCGUGCAAAGGCGGUCUUGGAAAGUCCAGAUUUGAAGCUCCAAAUUACUGAAGGUUUUAUUUUAUUUAAUGUACGUGUAGGGAGGUAUUGUAAUAUAAGUGGUACCAGCCGUUCCUUUUGUUUUAGCUGUACCACGUGAAAAAAAGUAGUGUUAUUGAAGGGUCAUGCAAAAUACACCUCACACUCGCAUUAUUAGUGGUUAGUCGUUAGAUUUCACCUUUGCGAUUACCUACUUCCACCUAAUGUCAUACCUCAUGAUCACCUACAUCCUUCAUUGUGGACGUGUCUUCUGCGUCCAAGCGACCAAUGUGCGCGCUGGUUUUACAUCAACGAACACCCGCCGUGGUUGCUCAGUGGCUAUGGUGUUGGGCUGCUGAGCACGAGGUCGCGGGAUCGAAUCCCGGCCACGGCGGCCGCAUUUCGAUGGGGGCGAAAUGCGAAAACACCCGUGUACUUAGAUUUAGGUGCACGUUAAAGAACCCCAGGUGGUCGAAAUUUCCGGAGUCCUCCACUACGGCGUGCCUCAUAAUCAGAAAGUGGUUUUGGCACGUAAAACCCCAUAAUUUAAUUUUAACAUCAACGAACCUGUGCCAGCCCGUUAGCUCUGGCACUAUCCGAGGUAUAAAACUCGUCAUCGAAUAAAACCUGCUCAUGUUACCUUAUCAAAAAAAAAAAAAAAAACACAGGUGCACUGCUCGCCAUAGCGUUGUGAAAUGCAAUAAUGUUUAAGAAAAAAGAAAGAAAAAAAACCGUACAACUGGAUUCUAAAUGGCAUGUACUAGAUAGCGUACGUUAAAUAAUACCUGUCUAAAUAAUACCGGUCAUUCUGUCCCUGUUUUCCAAGACAAACAAUAGAAUUCUAGAAGUAGCGCUUGUUCAUUUAUACCUAUGGCUGCACUAAUUACGAUAAGUGCAGCUACAUCGAGAUCCUAGACAGAUUGUCCACAGGAUUCUGCACAAACCAAAUUCAAUUGAUGGCGCCUCGCAACACAUUUGCGGUGACGCCGUAGCUAGUAGAUACAGUUAGUGUAAUUCGUAAGACAUCUUCGGAAUCUUUCUUCUCAGCCAUGAUAAAGCACAGUACCCUGUGAAAAAGUGUAUCUUAUGCAAAGUAUGCCACCAUAUGCAGCUAUCUUGCAUGCCGUUCAGAGCAACAUGUGGUGUGUGUGUCUAGGUGUUCGCGUGCGCGUGUGUUUGGGUGUACAUAUGUGUUGUGUGUAUGUGUGUUGUGCACGUGUAUUCAUGCAAUAUAACUUGCUUGUCAAGGAAA